ACUCACGCGCAUAACAUGAACAAUACUCCCUCUCUUGACUUUAACCCGUUUUUAAGCAGCAUUCCAUUAGCAUGAUACAGUGAGCAGCAGUACUUAAAUAGCGGCAGCGUUUAAUCAAAUCCCAGGAGAAACAUUUAUUGAAAAUGGCAGAGGGUCGAAUGAGAAGAAUGGUGGGCAAAGAGUAUAUAACAUAUGCUUACAUUCUCCUCUACAUCUGCCUCUCCGCUGGUCAGAUCUUCUUUAACAAGUGGGUUUUGUCAUCAAAGGAAAUAAAUUUCCCAUACCCUCUUGGAUUAACUCUACUUCAUAUGAUCUUCUCCUCUGUAUUAUGUUUCGGUUUGACCAAAUUUUUCAAGAUAUUGAAAGUUGAAGAAGGGAUGACUGCGGAAAUAUAUGCCACUUCAGUUGUCCCAAUUGGUGCAAUGUUUGCAAUGACUCUUUGGCUUGGAAACACUGCUUACCUCUAUAUCUCUGUUUCAUUUGCACAAAUGUUGAAAGCAAUUAUGCCAGUAGCUGUUUUCAUUUUGGGAGUAGCUGCAGGACUUGAAGUAAUGAGCUGCCGCAUGCUUCUCAUAAUGUCUGUGAUAAGUUUUGGUGUUCUGGUGGCUUCGUAUGGAGAAAUUAAUAUUAAUUGGAUUGGUGUUGUUUACCAAAUGGGGGGUGUUGUGGGUGAAGCUUUAAGGCUUAUAUUCAUGGAAAUUUUUGUUAAGAAAAAGGGCCUCAAAUUAAACCCUAUAUCUAUGAUGUACUACGUUAGCCCCUGCAGCGCUCUUUGCCUGCUGAUUCCAUGGAUAUUUUUGGAGAAGUCGAAGAUGGAUGCACAAGGGUCAUGGAGUUUUCAACCUCUAGUGCUUAUACUUAACUCACUUUGUACUUUUGCUCUAAAUCUCUCUGUGUUCCUAGUUAUCUCCCAUACAAGUGCUUUGACCAUUCGUGUGGCCGGAGUUGUGAAGGAUUGGGUGGUCGUUUUGUUAUCAGCCCUUCUUUUUGCUGAUACAAAGCUGACUCUCAUCAAUUUGUUUGGUUAUGCCAUCGCCAUUGCUGGUGUAGCUGUUUACAACAAUUCCAAGUUAAGAAAAGAAGUUGGUCAAAGCACCCCUGAUGAGUCACAGCAUGAUGAAUCUGAACCAUUGACUUCUUCGGCAGUCUCUACUAAAUAGAUGCACCGAGUAAAACCAGCUGUUAGGGUGUUUCUUCUCUGAGGCGGCAUCAUAUAGCAGCAUAUACGCCCAUUACCUCCAAGGAAGCCACAAAUGUACUUGGAAGUUACUUUCAGUUACCUGACACUGUUCUUUUACCAAGCAUUGCAGUUUUAGUUACAAAUGCAGCAAGGAAUCAGUAGAAAUGUGGGUGUCUUCCCGUCUGAAAUAGCUCAGAAAGGGUUGGACAUUUUUCAAUGUGUUUGAUCUAUUUGUGUACAUUAUACCGAACAGUUGUCACACAGAUGACUUUGUGAAAAGAAAGAUUUACAAGUAUUACCAUAUACAUCUUGUGGGCUGUGGCAUAUGAUAUAAAAUUUAAGUGUAAAGCUUUCUUCUU